UGAAAUUUAAUUAUUCUUCUCAUGGAUCCUUUUCACCAAUUCCACGUUCCAGUGGACAUUUGGGAAUUAUAUACGUACUUUGUUGUUAAUUGAUAUAUACGAUUAAUAACAAUUAAUUAAUAAUGCCAGCAACGAACAAUGAAGACGAUCCGUACGCACACGUUGCGAAAGGUAUCCUAAAAUUGAAAAACGAACAAACAAUGAGCAAAAAGAAAAAGGAUAAGAAUGGAAAAAAGAAGAAGCUGGUGGAAGUGUCAAAAAUCAUUGAGGAGGAAAAACCUCAAACGAUAGAAGUGAAACGGACGAAAGCGGAGCUGGCUUUUCAAAAAAUGCAAGAGAAAAUGCAAACUGAAAGGAUUAAGCAGAAAGCCUCUAAGACACAUAAACAACGAGUGGAAGAAUUUAAUCGACACCUGGAUAGCUUAACUGAACAUUUCGACAUACCUAAAGUGAGCUGGACGAAAUAAACUGCAAUGUUACUUAAAAAAUUUAUUUAUAUUGUAAUGUAUUGUAUAUAUAAUAUAAACAAUAGUCUUAGUUUCAGUUAAAAAUAACACAUAUAAUCAUAACAUUUUAAUCUUUAAAUAUCUUCAAAUAGUUUUCUUCUUUUUAUAUAUUUUCUGUUUAAAAAAAAUGAAAAAAUUAACUUAAAUGUGAAUUAUUUUAACAAUAAAUUAUUAAGAAAAACUAUGAAGAGAGAAAUCUGGUAUAUAUUUGUGUAACUUUGAUGCAAUUAUAGUAUUUAAAGAUUAAAUAAAUUCUCUUCUUUAUAAACGUCAUAUGAUAAAAUUAAAUAAUAAUAUUAUUAAUAUAAAAUAUUA